AUGGAUAGCAGCGAUGAUGACCUGAUUCCCAUCGCGUUACUACGUAAGAAAAAAAAUUUGCCGAUGCGGAAUGAAAAUGCUUUGAGUGUUGUAAAACAUGAGAUCCUUGAAGAAGACUCGGACUCGGAUAGUAUACCACUCAUACAGCUAAAGAAAAAUGCGGCAGCCAAGAAGAAAGCAGAAGAAAAUCGCGUGAAAGCUAACACUAUCACAAAAAAGGUUGUUGUCAAGAAAGAGACAGGUAUGAAGCGAAAGCUUAGUAGUACUUCGUCUUCCUCUCCUGCAAUUAAAAGCAGAAAAGUGAAAACAACCUUUUCGACAUCAAAUGGUAAAUUGAUAGUGAAGAAGGAAAAAACGAGUAGUGUACGCAAACUUAAGGUGCACUCUAAGGCUGAGCGACUGGAUAUGGCCAUCAAAGCAUUUCGUUGGUGGAAUGCAGAGGAGCUACCAGAGGGCAUCCAAUGGCGCACUUUAGAGCACAACGGUGUCAUGUUUCCGCCCCCGUACAAACCUCAUCACGUGCCGUUACUGUACAAUGGCAAGGAGAUUGAGUUGACCCCCAGUCAAGAAGAAGUUGCUAGUUUUUACGCUGCUAUUCCGAAAGACGGACCACAACUAGGCAAUCCAAAAACAGCCAAGAUUUUUAACAAGAACUUUUUUUUGGACUUCAAAAAAGUGUUGGGAAAGCAGCACGAAGUUAAGAAAUUUGAUGAAUGUGACUUUUCACGCAUUGCUACGCAUUUAGAGAAGAUGCGUGAUGAAAAGAAAAAUAUGACGAAAGAAGAAAAACUACCGGAGAAAGAGAAGCGUGAAAUGGAAGUAUUUUCGAAUGGCUUCGCUUUUGUUGAUGGACAUUUAGAAAAGGUAGGGAAUUUUCGAAUUGAGCCACCUGGUCUCUUUCGCGGCCGUGGUGAGCACCCGAAGACUGGUACAUUGAAGGAGCGUGUGCUGCCAGAGGAUGUGACUGUUAAUGUGGGUAUUUCAGAUCGGGCACCCAUUUGCAAUGUUCCAGGCCACGCUUGGAAGCAAGUGAUUCAUCGCGAUACAGUUUCGUGGCUGGCAUAUUGGAACGAAAAUGUCAUGGGCGGAAUCAAGUACGUGUUUUUUGCAGCUAGCUCAAGCUUUAAGGGUAAAUCAGAUUUGGCCAAAUACGAAAAAGCUCGACAGCUAAAAAAUUGCAUCAGUAAAAUUCGUCGGGACUAUACUAAGGGGCUCAAGGCUAAGGACAUGUUUACAAAGCAGCGGUCAACUGCUAUGUGGGUCAUUGAUAUACUGGCGCUGCGUGUUGGUAACGAGAAGGGAGAGGACGAAGCUGACACUGUCGGUUGCUGCAGUUUGCGUGUGGAGCACAUGUCAUUUAAAGACGAAAAUUGUGCACUUACGCUGUCUUUUCUCGGUAAGGACUCAAUGCCUUACAACAACACUGUUGAAUUAGCACAAUAUGGCGACGUCGGCAGACAAGUUUAUAAAAAUUUGCAACAAUUUUGUGUUAAGAAGGGUAAGAAUGAGGAGGUAUUUCAUGAGUUGUCUGUCACGGAGUUGAACAAACACUUGAGUUCUCUCAUGCCUGGGCUAAGUGCCAAAGUGUUCCGUACGUUCAAUGCCUCGUUCACGCUUGAAAAGGAGCUUCCUGGGCCAUCAGGACAAGAAUUGGAUCCUCAGGGCAUGUUGGAAGUAGCUCCGAAGGUUGUGUUAUACAACGAUGCUAAUCGAAAGGUUGCAAUAUUAUGUAAUCACCAGCGUACUGCACCUAAAUCUUUUGAUACGACACUGGAUAAGAUGAAUGCGCAGCUUGAUCAGCUAAAAACUCAACUGAAGGAUCUAAAGCAAAUGCAAACAUUGAUUUUGAAAGGCAAGUCGAGCUGUAUAAAGCUUAAAAAGGAAAAGCCCGCUCCUGACAAAGAAGAGGACGCUUUGGCGAAAAAGGCUCAGGCUCACCUUUUUCAAAGAAUGCCCUCAGCUGAUCAAGUUGCAAAGAAAAUUGAAAGCUGGAAAAAAAAAAUCAAAGCUUUGUCUCUUCGUCUUCAAGACAAGACAGACAACAAGGAAGUUGCGCUUGGCACAUCCAAGCUUAAUUACAUGGACCCGCGCAUCACCGUCGCAUGGUGCAAACGGAACGAAGUGCCGAUUUCUUCAGUAUUUUCCAAGACGCUGCGCGAGAAAUUUGUCUGGGCUAUGGAUGUGGCUCCUGACUGGAAGUUCUGA